AAUAAGAAGUGAAUGAGAGGGAGUAGAAGGUUAACCCUAACCCCACUUGCAGUUGGAGAUGCAGAUAGGUGAGCUUGCUUGUCCGAGUCCACGGUUGGAUGAUGUAAUAGAGCCGACCGAUGGAACCCUGGGUGGGCCCUACCAUUCUAAAAACUCCCUUAUGCCUAUGGUCCCCUCAAUUAUUUGCACACACACCCUCUCUCUCUCUCUCUCUCUCUCUCUCGCUCCGCACGUGUGACCUCUCCUCCACUCCCAUCCAACGCUCACCGCCAUCUCCUUUCCUUUCCGCAUUAAAUAAACCACUCUCUCUUUGACCAAAGACCCAAAACGCAAGCAACGAAUAUUGUUCACCAUUGCAUUUAAUAUCCCAAAAAAAGAAAUAUAUUCAAAGUGAAAAUAAAAACUAUAAAGUGAGCAUCUGACGUCACCCUACCUUUGACUCUCCCUCUCUCUCUCUUCUUUAAACACCCCUUUCUUGUCCGCUCCAUCGCCUACCUCUCUCUCUCUCUCUCUCUCUCUCUCUCUCUCUCUCUGUUCCUUCCGCGUUUUUGUUUUAUCUUUUAUUUUCUCUCUCAGUCACACCACGGCGGUCACCAUGGUCAGAGACGAUCUCUACAUCACGGUUCCCAGCUUCUUCCGGUGCCCCAUAUCCCUCGACGUUAUGAAAUCCCCUGUCAGCCUCUGCACCGGAGUAACCUACGACCGUUCCAGCAUCCAACGCUGGCUUGACAACGGGAACAACACCUGCCCCGCUACUAUGCAGGUCCUCCAAAGCAAAGAAUUCGUUCCUAAUCGCACCUUACAGAGACUCAUCCAGAUCUGGUCCGACUCGGUCCGUCACCGAGUCGACUCGCCCGAGUCCCCACCCCCCACCGAAUCCCUCCUUUCCAACGACCAAGUCCUCCUAGCCAUCUCCGAGUUGGACACUCGCACCGACAACCGGUUCGACUCGCUCACCAAAAUCGUCCGUUUCGCACAAGAUUCCGAAGAGAACCGCGAUUUUCUUGUGAGAACGGAAUGCUUCGUUCCCGUGCUGGUUGGCUUCCUCGACAAUGUCAAUGGCGGAGUGCAACGGAACGUCCAGUUCCUCGAACAGGUGGUUAAGGCGUUGGAUUUGGUUCUAAGUAAAAUGGAGGAUCGCGAGGGGUUCACAAAUUCGAUGCUGCAGAAGCCGAGUGAGGGACAGAAACAGAAACAUAGCAGCAUAGAUUCACUGCUUCUCGUCCUGCAACAAGGAAGCUGCGAUUCAAGGAUCGUUGCGGCUAGGGUUUUGAAAUCCAUCGCCAUAGACGCGGAAUCGAAGCUUUUGAUAGCGGAAAAGGAAGGCCUGGUAUCCGAAUUGCUCCGUCAAAUAACGCCGAACAGAGAUCCGGAUCUAAUCGAGAACUGCUUGUCGUGCUUGGUGGAAAUUUCAACGCCGAAACGGAACAAAAUGAAGCUAGUGCAUCUCGGAGCCGUUAAGGUGUUCUCGAAGCUUCUUUCGGCUCCGAAUUUGAGCGUUUUGGUGACGGAGAAGGUUCUGAAGCUGGUGGAAACGGUGUCGUCCACGAAGGAAGGGAGGUCGGAGAUAUGUGAGGACACGGCGUGCGUGGCGGCGAUAGUGAACAAGGUUUUGAAGGUGUCGAACGUGGCAACGGAACACGCCGUGACGACGCUGUGGAGUGUGUGUUAUUUGUUUAGGGAUCAGAAAGCACAAGAAGCCGUUACGAAGGCUAACGGCUUGACCAAGAUUCUGCUUCUGAUGCAGAGCAAUUGCUCGCCCCAAGUGCGCCAAAUGUCCGCGGAUUUGCUUAAGAUCUUUCGGGUUAAUUCUAAGUCGUGUCUUUCUUCUUAUGACACCAAGACCACUCAUAUUAUGCCCUUUUGAUCCUCCUCCUUCUGCCUUUGUAAAUCAAACCAAAAUUUUGUUAGUGAAUAGAGACAAAAAGGAUAAUGAAAAUUCAUUUGGAGACUCUCUUUGUGCAAAUCUCGUAUCUCACUGCCAAAUUCAAUACAUAGGAUUUGGAAUUAAUUCUCUUUAGUUUCGAAAGUUUUAAGUGUGCAUUAACGUAACAGACUCUUGUUUUAUGAAAUUAACAGUAUUAUACUUUGCGAGGAACCUUUCUGCAAACGCUAGGUUGCGCAAUUGUUAAACAAAAUUGGCACUGCAUUUGCCGUCUUAUGUAUGCUUUUUUAUGGUAAACUGUUGAGAAGGCAACCGAAUUUCAACACAUUAAUCUGGGGGAGUUAAAGAGACACUUCUCACUUCACUCACUCACCUUAAAUAAACCAAAAUAAUUUGCACAACACUCUGCUUAU